AUGGAAGAAAGAAAUAAUUAUGAUUAUGGAAUCAAAUCGACUUUAGCUCAAUGCUGGGCAAUAUCAGGAGCGUGGUUAUUGCAAAUUGAUCUCGGCAUACAAGUCAUAACCUCCACAAUAGUUAUAGGUGCCUUAGAAAACAACGCGUUCAAAGACAAAAACGAAUUUUUGACCAUAACAAGCGAAGAAGCAUCUUGGUUUGGUAGUCUGCAAUAUUUAUUCACACCUCUGGGAAAUGUUUUUUCUUUGCUCUUGUUGGACCGUAUUGGUCACAAGAAGUGUAUGAUAAUGACAAACAUACCGUGCCUAGUAGCUCAGGUCAUACUGUAUUACGCCAAAAAUGUAGAAAUGCUGUACGCCAGCUCAAGUCUGAUGGCCCUGAGCAUAGGGUUUCUGAAGGCCCCCAGUAUUAGUUACACCGGGGAAGUAUGCGAGCCGAAACUAAGAGGCACCUUGACUUCGUCAAUGAACGUAUUUUACUAUGUGGGAACCAUAAUAUUGACUAUGAUGUACAGUAUUACCAAGAAAUGGAGAUUAACGGUGAUAGUGGCAAUGGUGUUUCCAAUUUUGACCAUUAUUAUAUUAUUUACGGCACCGGAAUCUCCGAUGUGGUUACUGGCCAACGGAAAACAUUCAAAAGCACACCGAAAUCUCCUCAGAUUGAGAGGAAAAGUAUCGCACGAAAAAUGUGAAAAUGAAUUUCAAGAAAUGAUUAAAUACAAUGUGCCUGCUAAAAGUGACAAACCGAAUCAUAACAAUAAUACAAAUGCUUGGAAACAACUUUUUAAGCCUGAAGUACUAAGACCAUUUCGUUUAAUGAUGCUGUAUUUCUUCUUCAAGAGUUUAUUUUCUGUAUUAACAUUAUUACCGUAUUUAGUAUCAAUAUUUAAUAAAUUUGGCGCACCCGUAAACGUGGAAUGGACAAUAUCAUUUACGAUGAGUCUUUGUAUAGCAGGCAGUGUAAUGGCAGUUUUUCUAAUACGUACAUUGGGAAAACGAUUUCUAACGUUAUUUGCAUUAUCGGUUUGCUCCGUUUGCUAUAUAAUAUUGGUCUAA